AUGUCCACUCUAAGGCUGCUCCUAUCGUGUCUGCUUUUUAAAGAGACUGCUGCACUGUCAGGGAACUUCUGGCACAUCACGGAUCAGCAUUGGGACCCAACAUACAAGCUGAACGAUGAUCCUACACUGGUGUGCGCAUCAAGUGGCAAACGACCCGCGGCCAAUGCGGGGAAAUUUGGAGCCUAUGCUUGUGAUUCACCAUGGCUCCUUAUAAAUUCCUCUGUGUAUGCCAUGAAGGAUAUUCUACCUGACCCGGACUUCAUCAUAUGGACAGGAGAUGACACACCACAUGUACCCAACACGGAUCUGGGAGAAGAAGCAGUGCUCCACAUUAUUGGCAAUCUUACCCACAUUAUAAAUCAAGUGUUUCCAAACACUAAAGUAUACCCUGCCCUUGGCAACCAUGACUACCACCCUAAGAGCCAGCUUCCUGCAGGCCCAAACUCCAUCUAUAAUCAGACAGCUGACAUGUGGCAGGACUGGUUGGAUCCAGAGUCCAGAGGAACAUUUAAAAAAGGUGGAUAUUACACAGAAAAGCUGCUGAAUCGAACAGGUUUCAGGAUGCUGGCCCUUAAUACUAAUCUCUACUAUGACCAGAACAAGCUGACCCAGGACAUGGACGACCCAGCAGGCCAGUUCAGCUGGGCGGACCAGGUUCUUACAGAGGCUGCCAUCAACAAAGAAAAGGUGUACAUAAUUGGACACAUUCCCCCAGGUGUCUUUGAGAAGAAGAGAAGUAAGCCGUGGUUCACGCCUGAAUUCAACAAGCUAUACUUGGAAUUAAUUCAGAAGCAUCAUUCAGUCAUACUUGGACAGUUCUUUGGCCAUCAUCAUACCGAUAGCUUCCGGAUGUUUUACAACUCAGAGGGCGCUCCUAUCAGUACGAUCUUCCUCAGCCCGGGCGUCACACCGUGGAAAACAACACUUCCUGGAGUCAAGGAUGGAGCGAACAACCCUGGGAUUCGUGUUUUUGAAUAUGACACCCAAACGCUCCUUGUCAAAGAUGUGGUGACUUAUUGUCUGAACCUGACUCACGCUAACGCAGCCCACGAACGCUGGGAGAAGGAGUACCGCCUCACAGAGAGCUUCAGACUACCAGACGCCUCCCCGGCCUCCAUGCAUCAGGCUCUCGAGCGCAUCGCUAACGACCGCUGCUAUCUGCAAAAGUACUACGAGUUCAACUCGGUCAGCUAUGACCUGACAGAGUGUAACAGCGACUGCCGUGUUGACCACGUGUGUGUAGUCAGAGAGGUAGACUUUGACAGGUAUGAACAUUGUCUGGAAAAGGAAGGGGCGGCUGCCGUUCAUGGUGGGUUGCUGGCGGUCCUCUCUGUGGCUGUAAGUCUGGUGAUGGCCAAUCAUUAAUGAUGAUCAA